AUGACAAAUGCAACUCCAACUAGUACUCCAGCAGAUGUCAAUGUAAUUAUGACAAAGAAUGAGGAUGAAAACAUUAUUAAUUUUCCAUAUAGGGAACUUAUUGGUUCUUUAUUAUUUUUGUGUUAUGUUUCUAGACCUGACAUAUCAUUUGCUGUGAAUGUAUUAAGCAGAUAUGUAAACAAUCCUAGUCAGCAACAUGUAAAUGCUGUCAAACGUAUAGUUAGAUACUUAAUUAAUACUAAAGAUUUGUGUAUAAAGUAUGGAGAAAGUGAUGGCUUAAUAGGUUACUCUGAUUCUGAUUAUGCAAGUGAUGUCGAUACACGUAAGUCAACAACAGGCUAUAUUUUUAUGAUGAACGGUGGACCAAUUACUUGGUCCAGCCAAAAACAAAAGACCAUUGCUCUCUCCACUACUGAGGCAGAAUUUGUAGCUGCAUGUGAAGCAGCAAAAGAAAUGAUAUGGCUGCGGCAAUUAAUGUUAGAUUUAGAAAAAGUUGAGUUGGGCAUGAUUAAAAUUAAUUAUGUUCCUAGUAAAGAUCAAUUAGCAGAUAUAUUGACUAAGGCAUUGUCCACUCAAACUUUUACUUAUAUAAGGGAUCAGAUAAUUAGUUAA